AGUAGGGACAUAUCCAUUUUAGUAGGGACAUAGCCAUUUUAGUAGGAAAAUAUCGGAUUCGCGAUUUUAGAUGGGACAUGGCCAUUUUAGGAGGGAUAUACCGGACAUAGCCAUUUUAGUAGGGAUAUCGCCAUUUUAGUAGGGACAUAGCCAUUUUAGUAGGGACAUAGUGGACAUCGCCAUUUCAUUAGGGACAUAGCCAUUUUAGUAGGGUUAUCGCCAUUUUAGUAGGGACUAGGGACAUAGCCAUUUUAGUAGGGACAUAGUCAUUUUAGUAGGAAAAUAUCGGAAUUCGCAAUUUUAGAUGGGACAUAGCCAUUUUAGUAGGGACGUAGCCAUUUUAUUAGGAACAUAGCGGGCAUACCCAUUUUAGUAGGGAUAUCGCCAUUUUAGUAGGGACAUAGCGGACAUAGUCAUUUUAGUAGGAAAUAUCGGAGUCGCAAUUUUAAAUGGGACAUAGCCAUUUUAGUAGGGACAUAGCUAUUUUAGUAGGGACAUAUGGGACAUAGUCAUUUUAUAACUACCCGCUGAGGCUGAGGAGUUGAAGUGGCUGUCUGCUGAUGGGUGAUUGAUAUCCUUCAGAGUUUCCUGUUGGUGCUUUCAAUGAAAAUAGUCUCUAGUAGCCCAUCUUGGUCAUAAAUUCCCCUUAAAAAAAUAAACUCAGAAACAGUAAUAUGUUCAAAACAGAGAGUUUGGCUAAUAUGAUGAUAACAAAUGCUGCCUAAGUUUGGAACGAAAUUCUGAGUUUGAUUUUUUUUAUGCCAUUAGGUAGGGAAUUCCAAGCGCUUGGUCCACAUCAGUGCUCUUUAACAGAGAUUUUGCGGAGCCUUAGGGUUUCGCAAUACAUGCAGUAGGGUUCAUUUCUUGCUUCAGCAUGUUGCGUCGUUGCGAAGUUGUUUAAAGAGUGUAGACGUGAGCAUGAGAGUUGCAUUGAGCGCCGUGGAGCCACGAUUCAAGAAGAUUGCAUAAGAAAAGCAAGAGCAACGUAGUCUUUGAAUUUCACGCUUGUUACCUUCUUUCUGUUUCGUUGUUGAAGUACUGAAGUAGAAAUAUUUGAAUUACAAAUAUUUCGUGUUACGAGUAUUUCGUGUUUGUUUUUUUAAUUUUGUUAAUCGGCGUUCCAUAAAAAAUGAAAAAUUAUAUCAGGGGUUCCACAAUAACAAAAAGGUUGAAGAGCACUGGUCCACAUACUGCAAUGGAUUCCUGUGAGAUACUUUUAUGGAAUAAAAAUUUUCCCUUUAUUUCUGCUGUUUGAAUUUGGGUUUGUUCGGAACAAUCUGUUCAGGCUGGAUGGGAGUUGCCCAUUGUAGCAUGAGAAUAUCAUGCUUCCUAGUUCAAAUUUAGCUAAAUCCUCAACUCGUAGUAGCUUAUACUCUUUAAAUAAGUCAUCAACAUUUUCUCUAUUUCCUCUAUGGAAAACUUUUCUAAUAAAACGGUUGAGUACACUUUGAAUUUUUUUGUAUAAUGGAGGUUUGGCGAUGAACAUAACUUGGAGCGCAAUAAAGUAUAUAAUGCGAGUCGUAAUUUAGCAUCAGUAUUUACGGAUCACUUGAAUUUUGAAGAAUCAAGUCCAAAAAUUUUUUGUUAGUAUUGCUGCUGAAUUUCACUGCCAUAAGGAACCAUGUUAGUAUUAAAAAACGUCCAAUACUCAGGGCAGUAUUACCGAUGGUACCGUACAUUUUCAAUUUCAGAAUUUUUCUUUUAUAAAAUUUUCAUCCAGCAAUGUAGUGUAAAAACUCAUAAUAGAAUAGGAUAUGCUGAUAUUGUAUUCUGAGGUUGAUUUAAUUAUUCUAGUAUAGUGAAUUAUUCUGCGUUUCCCAUCCCUAUUCCAGGCACAAAGGACUGAAUUUUUCCGCGGCCCAAGUGUUAUUGAAAGAUGGCACCCUACAACUGGUUCCAGCCAAAUAUUGACAUCAAUGUUGCAUUUAAAUUUGCCUCUUUGACACUAUCACAGCAUCAUUGGAUUGUAAACGUCCUUACCAAUGACAGUACAAUGAGUGAACGAUGUAUGGUUGUAUGUGUACAUACAGUUAUGGGAUAAUGGGGCCUGUUCGUGAAAUCGACUUGAACUAUAGUUAAAAAUUCAGAAAAUAAAUCCAAUUUAAAAUAGGGUUUGUAUUAAUUUCUUACAUAAAAUACAAGGAACAUCUUUCUGGUAUAAUGAAAUCACUAAAAAAUAGCACCAAACUCUUUUAUACUGAGAAUUUUAUUUGUAUCACAAAAACUCAAUUCUUCCCAUUUUCGCAAAGACCAAAAUUUAAAUAGAAUCAUGUUGAUUUUCUCAAUGUAUAUUACAUGUGAAAAGCUAACUGGAAAUCUGGCUAAAAAGCUGGGAACAAAAAAGUUCUUCUUUUACACAAUAUUAUUUUAUACCGUUUGCAAGUCACAGCUGGUUUUUGUAUUUAGAAAAUCAAAAUACAAAAUAAGCACUUGAGGUUUGACUGUAAACUACAUAUUGAAAUAUUUUGAUAUAUGGUAUAUAUAAUAUUUAUAGUUAUUACAUGUGGGCUAAAGUGAAUCUAUGUUUCCCAAUAGUAUUGGCCCUCGUUUGGCUUUUUAUCCCACUCUUCUCUAUAAUGUAAUUCUUGAAAAAAUUACCUCAAGACGAUGGUUUGAUCGUAUCGACGAAACUGUUUUGGUUGGAGCAUUGCCUUUCAAGUCGAUGAGUCGUGAACUUGUUAAGAAAGAUGUUAGAGGUGUCAUAUCUCUUAAUGAAGAAUAUGAACUCAAAAGAUGGUUUGUCACGGCUAAAGAGUGGAAAGAACUUGCUGUAGAUGUAUUAUAUUUACCAACUAUUGACUUAAUUGCUGCACCGUCUCAAAAUAACCUGACUAAAGGAGUGGAAUUUAUCCAUAAACAUGCUCAAAGAAAUGAGAGUGUGUAUGUUCAUUGUAAAGCCGGUAGGACUAGGAGUGCUACAUUAGCAGCAUGUUAUCUAAUGACAAAGUAUCGUUGGAAUCCUCAGAAAGCUAUCGCUCUUCUGACAUUGAAACGCUCUCAUAUAUGGCUCCGCAAUGAACAACUUGAUGCAAUAAAUUGUUACCACAAUGCAAAUAUUCUUCAAAGCACAGAUCUUUGACUGGCUGAAAUAUUAUAAGUGACAUAAUAUGUUUAACUUGUAUAUCAUUGUAUAAAUUCUCAUUUUGACAGUCUUUUCAUGAAAAUAUUUGCACAUGGACAAGGUCGUAAUUCGACUCGUAAAUAUAGCUUACUGGAAAAAUAAAACAAAAAUGAUUUCUGAAGCAGUGACUAAUGCUUCUAAUAAAUAAUAGCCCAAAUUGCUAUGAGAUGUUAUGUGUUUGUUAUGUACCAUGUGUUUGAAUGGAGUAUUCCAACGAUGACCUAGUUUUUGUUUGAUCUAAGUGAAUUGUUUUAAUCACAG